UCCAGCCGGCCAGACCAGUGCAGGUGAGAGUGAAGCAGCUCUCAGGGUCCUGGCUGGACCUGACGCGGAGUCCCAGCACCACCAUCCAGCAGAUCAAGGGGGAGAUUGAGCGCUUGUGGCACAUCCCUCCCUACCAGCAGCGCCUGGCCCUGCAGGACACUGACCUAGACAGCCAGAAGGUCCUGGAUGAUAAUGGCACCUUGGCAUCACACGGCAUCUUCUAUGAUGUCACGAUCCUGCUUCUCCAAACCCAGCCUCAGGAAAUGGAGAUCUUCGUGAAGGGCCAUGAUGGCAGGACCUACACCUUUGGCGCCCGGCCUACAGACACCGUGCAGAACCUGAAGGCCAAAAUCCAGGCCAAGCUGAAAGUCCCUGUGGACCAGCAGCGCCUCACGCACAAUUCCCAGGAGCUGGAAGAUCGCCACCCGCUCACUUACUAUCACAUCGAGAACCACAGCACCAUCUACCUGCUCUUGCGUCUCCGCGGUGGGUGCAGAUCUCCCAGAGCCCUCAGCCCCCCUCUUGCCACAGUGCUGUAGACUGGUAGCUGACUGUGGCCCAUGGUGAGGACAUGGCUUGCAGGAGAUGCCCCAAUCUCCAGGGGAAUUCUAUCGCAUGCCACCUUUCACGGCUUUCCUAAGGCAGUUCAUGCUCCUGUAGUCUCCCUAUCCUCCCACAGGGCUCAGUCCACUCUGGGCACCAUCUCCAGUGCCUCCCUACAUCCCUCUUGGCACCUGGGUGACCCAGUUUGAACUGUGUUUUGGUGUAGCAGAAAGCCCCCUUUUCCUCUAGCCUGCAUUUGCUCUCCCCUCUUUGGAUCUGUUUCUCUUCUUCUACCUUUUCUUCCUUCCUCUUUCUUUCAGUAUAA